AUGACAUUCGAUGCAUUCUCUCCUCGAGAGGUGAUCGAGGCUGUCGCAAACACAGGCGCACACAAGGGGAAUAUGCGAUUGGAUAAGGUGUUUUUUAGUGCAGUUUCAGCUGGCUGUUUACUUGCAUUCGCUUGCGGAACUACUCUCAGUACCAAUGCCACACCCUGGUUUCAAGAAAAUGCCCCAGGUCUGAUGCGAACCAUCAGUGCCUUGGUGUUUCCUUAUGGUCUAUGUAUGAUCCUCCUAACAGGUGCAGACCUUUGCACUGGAUCCUUUAUGUUUACUACAGUUGCAGCGCUUCACCGGCGCUUGCCUUGGUCGAAAAUGUUGGUUCACUGGGCAGUGACAUUCCUUGGAAACUUCGCCGGAUCUUUAUUUGUCGUGGCUAUCAUCUUCGGCUGUACGGAAUUGACUCUCACAUCCCUAUUGCUCCAAAUCAUUGUGACUAAUGUUGGACCUAUAGAUGGAAAUGUUUUUUCUGCAGACCCGUUCAAGUCCGCUGUCAUUUCUUUUGCCACAAAAAAGCAAGUCACCCCUGAUUUCCACAUGAUAUUCCUGCGUGGCAUUGGGUGUAACUGGCUAGUCUGUUUGGCUUGCUUUUUUGGUAUCCAAGGUCGGGAUCUGGCAUCCAAAGUUAUUGGAAUCUGGUGGCCUACAUUUGCUUUUGUUUCCCUGGGCUUUGACCACGUCGUUGCAAACAUGACAUUCAUUCCAUUGGGGAUCUGGCUUGGAGCGCCAAAUAUUACAAUCGGCCUAUACAUCUGGAAAGGUAUCAUCCCGACCUUAUUAGGAAAUAUCAUUGGUGGAGGGACUUACUAUUGGUACAUGUACCUUCUCGAUAUAAAUACAUUGCCUUUGUAUGGAAAGGAGAAAGUCCGGAACAGCUCAUUGGACUCAGUGUCCCGCCCAUAUCAAGCUACGACUAAGCGAGCAGACAUCGAGGCAUCGGCUGGAAGCUUCGGCGACCAGAACUCACAUAUGAAUGAGUAA